AUGAAUCAUCCGACCGCCUACACGCCCCUCGAGUCGCUGUUCCUUUUCCAGUCGCUACUGACACACGGGGUCGAGGCGGGGGCAUUUGUUCGGAUUUCGGAAUAUCUGAGGAACAAUGCGCUUGUGAAGAGCGAUGCGUCGUUUGAUGCGGCGAGGUUGGCGCCCGAUGCGCUGCAGCAGUUGUUUCUGCUGCUGUUGCGGGAGGAGAUGAAGGGGGAGACGGACCCGAAUGCCACGACUUCGACUUCGACUGCGAAUGCGAAUGCAGGGGAGGGCUCGACGUCCCCGGCGUCGCGGAAGAGGAAGCUGGGUAGUCCGCCGUUGCCGUCGCUAAAGGAUGCGUAUGAGCAAAUUGCAAAGGUGCCGGCGUUGGUGGAUCGACUUUAUGCGAGGUAUCGGGAUACCGUUGUGAAGGAGAUUAGGGAGGAUGAGCGACGGUUCGCCAAGGUACAGAAGGAGAUUCAGCUGCUGGAACGGAGCGAGAAGGAGAGGUUGGCAAAGGCUGCGGCGAGCCAGAAUGGUGGCCCGACACUGGCGCCUCGAGAUGGACGUCUUGUUCCGGGACAAUCAUCGACUCCUACUCCUGGGCAAGCGGGUGUUGUCAAAAGACCUACGUCUACUACACCUGUUUAUCCCCCGAGACCGCCUACGACAUCAUCUACACAAUCUACUGUCGCUGCUCCGAGUCAUCUGCAGGCGGGUACGACACCAGUGCGGCCGUCGCCAUCGCCAAAACCCCCAAAUGCGAGUGGAUCGGGUCUCCAGGCUCCAGCUGGAAUGCCGCAGCCUGGACCCAGAGUUCUGCAGCCGCCUGGUCAACCUCCGAAGCCGACUAUUUCACCCCGUCCGGAUGCUACUGGAAUUGCUGCCAUCAAGCCGAAGGAACCGGCGCCAGCACCUGCCAACCAGGGGACACCGGCGUCGAAUUUGAAGUGGGAGAAGCCAUAUCAGCCUCCGCCAUCUCAAGGUCCUGGUUUGCCAGGACAAGCACAACCUGCUACGCCUGCGAAUGCGGCAACAGGAACAGCUCCAAAGGGACCUGGACCUCAACAGCAGUGGACGCCGCAGCAACAGCAGCAACAUGCUGGGCAAGCGGCCACUGCUACCCCACAGGGUCGACCAACUCCGGGAAAGCCAGUUCUUGUGGCUCCCCAGAAUGUUGGACAUCUCUCUACGCCAUUACAACCAGCGCCACCACGACCAGCUGGUGUUGCUGCUCCUCAAGGACAACCGCAACCACAGCCUCGUCCGAUCUCGACGACUCCCGUCCAUCCUCCUGGACGACCUAUUCAGCCUCAACAACCACAGCAGACGCAAACAACACCAAGACCAAUUGCGGCGGCUGCGCAAACGCCGCAAAAGGGUGCGGCGGGCCCUGCCAUAGCCCCUCAAAAAUGGACGCCAGCGCAAGCUGCUCAGCAACAAGCACAGCGGCCGUCUCCUUCGACAUCUCCUGCUCCCCUGGCGCAAAGAGACAAGCCGCCGUACGCGUCUCCGUACAACACGCAACCGCCAAGACCUGCUAUUCCAGAACACAUUAUUCGACAAGCCGCUGCGGCACAAGCGGCGGCAGCUGCGGCGACACCAAAUGCGAAGAAAAUAAGCCCGGUUACGGCUGCUCCCAGUACGCCUGGUGCUACGACGCCGAUAGCUGCUCUUACGCGUGGCUUUGGCACGAAAUGGGCAUCCCAUUCGACUCCUUCUACACCGCGGCCAAUUACGGCUGAGCCACAGAGCCCGGCAUAUGAGCCGGUCAGCCCACCACCUCGCGAUACAUCGAUAUUAUCCGAUACGCCAAGAUCGAGCUCAAAGAGAGACUUAUCCAGAGGCGGCUUGAAGGCAGACGCGGCCAAGGCAAGGAGUCGGCCGUCUAGAGCGUCUCACAGGGGUCGUGGCAUGAGCACGACUCCUUCUGUCGGCGGAACGCGAAGGAGCCAGUCUGUCGCUUCACAAGUUGAUGAGCUGUCAAUGGACCAUCCCAUCAGCGCCACAAAGAUUAAGCACGAGGUUCUCACGCCACGACAUAUAGAAGAAACAGGGGAUACUACGGCAGAUGAAAGUGUACAUGGGCGGACGAACAUGGCGACUCCUGGGAGUGUCUCGUCUAGGCUCGCCAAACGAAAGAGACAAGACUCUCCGCCUGUACCAACUGCACCGCCGACACAAGUGUUGUGGACACGAGGCUUUACAAAAGUUUCGUCGUCAGCACUGGACCAGAUCUCGAGUCACCGCGAUGCCAACAUGUUUGCUACGGGUGUGCGCGAAAGGGAUGCGCCCAACUACAGACAGAUCGUGCUGCAGCCUCAAGACAUCACGUCAAUACGGUCUGCCAUCAAACAAGGGAACAAGGCUGCCGUUCAAGCAGCAGGUAGCCUCCCUGGCGGCGACCCGGGGACGGCAAGCGUCUGGCUGCCGAUAUCCGAAGACCUCGUUCCACCCAAGGGUAUCGUCAACUCUGCUCAACUGGAGCGCGAGCUAGUUCACAUGUUUUGCAACGCCAUCAUGUACAACCCGGAUCCAGACCGCGGACCUGGGUCUGCAUUCCUAAAGCGGUCUCAGGACGAAGAAGAGGAAGUGGUGGGCUAUCGGGUUGACGAGAACGGCGUGGUCAAGAACACACGAAGCAUGUUUGUGGAAGUCGAGAAACUCCUUGGUGAUCUCCGUAGUGCGGAGAAGGAUCGUGGUGCGCCUCCACCGCCAUCUGCCACCCGUCAAGCUAGUGUAGCGACGCCUGCAGAUGACACUGCCGAAGAUGAGGAUGAACUAGCAGGGGACGGGAACACAGCAGCUAGCGUUGUGAAAAGAAGGCGCAUUGCGACAAGGAAUUAA